CGCAAACCAAUAGCUGUGCAUGCGUGCAUCCUCAUAGCAGAAGUUGUGAGGGUUCUCCUGCAACACCUCAAAAACGAAAAUCCCUUUUUCUCUCUCACCUUCACUAACUACAAACCCUAAUAUCUCUGUGCUUGUGGUCGAGCCAAGAUGUCCGGUAAAUCAGGACGAGUCCGGGAGUCUGACUUCGAAUACUAUGAGCGCGGCUAUUAUAAAGAUUUGAAGGAUGGUUACUAUAAACUCGAAAUCUCCAAGUCAUCAUAUAGGUGUCCCUUUUGCCGGGACAAUGAUUACUCGUUGAGUGAGCUUUUGAGGCAUGCAGUGAGAUUUGAAAGGUACUCACGGACAAUGAGGAUAAAAGAGUUAGCCAAGCACUCUGCUCUUCAAUUAUACAUUGAAAGACAUAUUGGUGUCAACAAUAGAUCUGAAAAAGUUGCUCAUGAUAGGCCAAGAAAUGCCAUCAUUGAUGGAUCAACAAAUGAUGUGCAUGAUAAAUUGAGAAAUGUUGUCAAUGAUACACCAGUAAACAUUGUCAGUAAUAGACUUGGAAAUAUCGAUGGUAAAUCUGAAAAUGUUGUCAAUGAUAGACCAGUAAACAUUGUCAGUAAUAGACUUGGAAAUGUCGAUGAUAGAUCUGAAAAUGUUGUCAAUGAUAGACCAGUAAACAUUGUCAGUAAUAGACUUGGAAAUGUCCAUUAUAGAUCUGAAAAUGUUGCCAAAGAUCAUCUAUUUGUCUGGCCUUGGUUUGGUGUUGUUGGAAACAUUGCCACUGAAUUUAAAGACGGAAGACGUGUUGGUGAAAGUGGUGCCAAUCUAAGGGAUGAGUUUACUCGGAAAGGAUUUCAUCCCAUGAGAGUUCAUCCAUUGUGGAACCGUUAUGGACAUUCAGGCUUUGCGAUUGUAGAGUUCUCCAAAGACUGGGAGGGUUUCACCAAUGCAAUGAACUUUGAAAGAAGUUUUGAGGCAGAACACUGUGGUAAGAGAGAUUACUACAUUUCACGAAACCGAGGGGAUAAACUGUAUGGAUGGGUAGCCCGUGAUGAUGACUACCAUUCCAAGACUAUAAUCGGUGAUUACCUUCAGAAGAAUGGAGAUUUGCAAUCUGUUUCUGAAAAACAGGCAGAGGAGAAAAGGAAAACUUCACUGCUUGUCUGUGAUUUAACUAAUACCUUGAAAGUGAAACAUGAGAAAUUGGAACAAGUAUGCAGCAAAUAUGAUGAUGUUAAUGUGUCCCUGAACAGGGUCAUGACUGAGAAAGAAGCAAUGAUUGAAUCAUAUAACAAUGAAAUAAAAAAAAUGCGGCAGGAAACCCGAAAAAAUUGGGAGACAAUUUAUGUGGCCCAUGAAAAGGCCAGAUUGGAUCUGCGUUCUCAGAGGAAAAUACUAGAGGGCCGUGAGAAGGAUCUCCAGAGAUGUCAAGUGCAAAAUGAGAAUGAGAGAAAAAAACUUGACCUUGAAAAGAAAAACAAUGAUAUGGCAAUGAUGGAGCAAAACAAGGCGGAUGAGAGAGUGUUGCAUCUGGCAGAAGAACACAAGAAAGAAAAGCAGAAAAUGCAUAAAAAGAUUCUUCAACUGCAGAAAAAACUCGAUGCCAAACAAACAUUGGAAUUGGAAAUUCAACGGUUGAAGGGAGCUCUUCAAGUAAUGAAACACAUCGGAGAGGGUGACAUCGAGGAGAAAAAAAAAUUGGAUGAAAUUAAACUGGAACUUGAAGAUAAGGAAGAGGAGUUAAAAGAACACGAAGAUCUUCAACAAACUCUUGUUGUCAGAGAACGUAAAACCAAUGACGAGUUGCAAGAUGCUCGCAAGGAGUUAAUACUUGUAUGUCUUUUUCUAAGCAUAAAUUGGCUGGGGAAGUCACACAGUAAUCGGGCUACUAUUGGUGUUAAAAGAAUGGGGGAGCUUGAUGAAAAACCCUUUGUGGGAGCAGCCAGGAGAAAAUUUUCUGAUGAUGAAGCGGAUGUGAGAGCAGUGGAGUUGUGCUCACAAUACGAAGCUUAUCUUAGAGAUCCAAGCUGGUAUCCAUUUAAAAUUUUAACAGACAAGGAAGGAGAAAAGGCUAAGGAAAUUUUAGAUGAAGAAGAUGAAAAACUGAAACAUUUGAAGGAUGAGUAUGGUGAUGAGGUCUAUCGAGCUGUGGCUACAGCUCUGAUGGAGGUGAAUGAGUACAAUCCUAGUGGUAGAUACCCAAUACCGGAGAUAUGGAAUGCAAAGGAAGGAAGGAAGGCACCGUUAAAGGAGGGAAUUUCAUAUUUAAUUAGGCAAUGGAAAGUGUCAAAGCAGCGAAAGAAGUAGGAUCCCAUUCGGAACUUCAAUUUUAUGUUCUUCCUAUUCACAAAACAGGAUUUACUUUAACUCCAUAGUCACAAAUUACAUGUUCUUCAAUUUUACAUGUACUACUGAUAUCAGACCUUGGUUGAAAGUGAAUCUGCACAUUAUACUGUUUAAAUUUGAGAAUUUCUUUUGUUA